GCCCAGUCCAUCAGCCACAUGCACCGCGAGGGGCUUCUACGGCAUGCUUUCACGCCGACGCUCUUGGCCGCUUGGAAUGAGGAUGUAGCGUGUCGAUUUGGAGGUAAGAAGAGCCGGUCCAGGCUUGUUACGCCCGUAAGGCUUUCUUUGCCUCCGCCUGCCAACAGUCUGGACCACUUCGAACGUCUCCUUAACUACCCCGUGUUAUACCGCUCUCCUGUACCUCACGCCAAGAUGAAGCUACCCGCGCUUUCAGUCCUCCUUGCUCUUGCCGUCACGGUAUCGUGUGCUCGCAAACCAUCGUCCCGCACCACCUCUACCACCACCACUACAGGCACCGCGAUUCCGACAAGCACCCAGCUCACCGGAUUGGGAGCUGCUGCUGGUGCUGUGCUCGCGCCGUUCUCAGGCGCAUUAGCUGCAGAAGUAGUACCCAGCAAUGGCUCUUCAUAUGGCAACGUAACGGUCUCUGGGGCGGGCGACUCUGGAAACUACACUGGACCAGGCAAGAUCGGGUCAGGCAUCGGGCUGGGCAGUGGUUCUCCACAUGGUACUUAUGCCGUUGCGCUCACAGCGGCGGCGGUCACGAGGGCAAAUGCUACGAAUAUCAAGGUCACCUCUUCGUCUUUUGGCAAUUCGAGCACGUUCAGGACUGCCAAGGGCAUGGUCACGCUUUCCUACGCCGAAUCGCGCAGUAUUGCUCAAUCUUCGCAGGGCGACUACGCUGUAUACUGGGCUUGGGCAGCAAGCGUGUCGGGGCCAGACGGACAUUACAUCCACGGCGACCACGGCGGGUGGCACAAAGGCCAAGCGACCGGCAACGCCGGAUACAGCAACUCCUCCCUCCAAAUUCUCGCCAGCGGUGUUGGCGUAGAAGUCCGAGUCGGCGACACAGGCCCGGCGAUUCCACCUCCAACCUUCAACCCGUUCCCCCCGGCCGCUUCCAUCCAAUUCAGCUGCACAAGUCCGUAUUCAAAUGGACUUCCCGGGGCUGGAGGUGCACUCGGUGUGUCUGCCAGUGCGCCAGGUGAUUUCGGCACAUAUGCCACCGCCUAUAGCACUGGCAGUCCUUACAUGCAGCCCUUUAGCUCUGCUUAUGCUUACGGGAACGGCGAUGCUAGUAGUGCGCAGACGGGAUACGAUGGGCCCUAGCUAGUAGGGAGUUGACAGUGUGGUUGGCUUUGAUACUGAAUAUGCCUGAAGAGGGCAUCGGGUUGGAGUGCACUGGGAUCGAGCUCAGGCAUGCUGCCAUACGGCUGCUCCUGGAAGUUGGAAGUAGUCAGUGGCUUGAUCGAAUG